CCGCCCACAGGUAAUACCUAUCCGUGAGGGAGGAACCUGGAUGUGGUCUUCCGCUGGCCACCGUCCUGCAUGCGCAGCUGGUCAAAUAAAGUGGGCCUGCAUUUAAUAACAUCUUCAAUAUGGCGACAACAGCAUUAAGAUCAGUGCUUAAGACCAGGGUCCCACUUAGAGUUGGCCGCAUGUGCUACUCCUCCUCAGUGCCCACCACCAAGCUGUUCAUUGAUGGGAAGUUUGUUGAAUCCAAGACCUCAGAAUGGCUGGAUAUUCACAAUCCUGCUACCAACGAGGUGAUCUCUCGCGUGCCCAAAGCCACCCAGGAGGAGAUGUUGGCGGCUGUGAACUCGUGCUCCAGAGCCUUUCACUCCUGGUCCGAGACCUCCAUCUUGACUCGGCAGCAGGUCUUUCUGCGCUAUCAGCAGCUUAUCAAGGACAAUAUUAAAGAACUUGCCAAGGCCAUCACUGUAGAACAGGGCAAGACCCUCGCAGAUGCAGAGGGGGAUGUGUUCAGAGGAUUGCAGGUUGUGGAGCACGCCUGCAGCGUCACCUCUCUGAUGCUCGGUGAAACGCUGCCCUCCAUCACCAAGGACAUGGACACCUACACCUACCGCCUUCCCCUCGGGGUGUGUGCCGGCAUCGCCCCCUUCAACUUCCCUGCCAUGAUACCUCUGUGGAUGUUCCCUAUGGCCAUGGUGUGCGGCAACACCUACCUGCUGAAGCCUUCGGAGCGGGUGCCAGGCUGUGCCAUGCUGCUGGUCAAGAUGCUGCAGGAUGCCGGUGCUCCAGAUGGGACGCUCAACGUCAUCCACGGCCAACACGAUGCUGUGAAUUUCAUCUGUGACCAUCCGGCUAUCAAGGCAAUCAGCUUUGUUGGCUCAAAUCAAGCUGGGGAGUAUAUUUACGAGAGAGGUUCUAAAAAUGGCAAAAGGGUCCAGUCCAACAUGGGAGCCAAGAACCAUGGUGUGGUGAUGCCUGAUGCCAACAAGGAGAAUACUCUGAACCAGCUUGUGGGUGCAGCAUUCGGGGCAGCGGGACAGCGCUGCAUGGCUCUGUCCACUGCCAUCCUGGUGGGCGAGGCACGGAACUGGCUGCCGGAGCUGGUGGAUCGAGCCAAGGCACUGCGCGUGAACGCAGGAGACCAGCCUGGUGCAGAUGUGGGGCCUCUGAUCUCUCCCCAGGCCAAGGACAGAGUCUGCAGUCUGAUCCAGAGCGGUGUGGAUGCUGGAGCUAAGCUGCUCCUGGAUGGCCGGAACGUCAAUGUCAAGGGUUAUGAGAAGGGCAACUUUGUGGGUCCCACCAUCAUUGGCAAUGUCACACCUCAGAUGAAGUGCUACACUGAGGAGAUCUUUGGGCCUGUGCUGGUUGUUCUGGAGGCAGAGACUCUGGAUGAUGCCAUCAGUUUGGUCAACAGGAACCCCUAUGGCAACGGCACAGCUAUCUUCACCACAAAUGGCGCCACUGCACGCAAAUACACGCACGAGGUGGACGUGGGCCAGGUUGGAGUCAAUGUUCCCAUUCCCGUUCCACUGCCUAUGUUCUCCUUCACUGGAUCAAGAGGAUCCUUCAGAGGGGACAUGAACUUCUAUGGCAAACAAGGCAUCCAGUUCUACACACAGAUCAAAACUGUCACCUCACAAUGGAAAGCUGAAGAUGCCACCUUGAAACGUCCUGCAGUCACCAUGCCUACUAUGGAUUAAUUACUACAUCAAGUUCUCCUUUUCAGAUACUCCAGAAGACCUAGAAGCCUUUCUUCAACACACCCUAUAAAUAUGUAAUAAUAUUCCCCCAUUUACAAAACCUUUACAUUACAUGUAUGUAUAGAUACUCUGUAUAUGUAAAUUGUGGCCAAGAUUUUUACUAUGCAAAAGAUCUGUACAGUUGAGGCAAUGUUAUUGGAUGUCAUUUCCUCAAAUACAACACCCUUAUUGAAACACUUAUGUCCUUACUCCGGGUAAUGUAUAUAAUCCCCAUGAUUGAAGGUUGCCGUGGACACACUGCAUUGUAUUCCCAUUGACCCACCUUCCAGUGACUGUUUAGAGAUCUUGCAUAUUAUCUGGUGCAUGUUUUGAUGUGAGCUCUCUGUGGUCAGAGAGUAAUUUUGUCUUGAGGUAACAGGUCUUUGAAAUGGCUUGUGACAGAAUUCAAACAAGCUUUGUGUAUGAAAGAGAAUACUCACCGGCCAUAUAUAUGUACGGUACGAUAUUUAUAAUGAGCACAAACAAACAUCUUGUAUUCUGCUAUGGACAUGACUGACGCUCUGCGGAGAGCAUGCAAAGCAGAGGCAAACAAUUCAGUGUGAUGUACAAUGUAGAGGCCACACAGAGGUCAUGUGGUGUGUAUAUCCGGCAAGCUGUUUGGGUUCGAGGGCAGAACGGGCUCAGGCGCCUGGGUGAUGAAGGUCGCUGGGGAGAGCUCCUCUCUAAUUCAGGAAGACAGUCAUCAUUAUGCAACACUAAAAUGCAACGCUCUGAUAAAUCACAUGUAGGCACUCAUGUUCUCACAGCCAAUACUUUUUCAGCUAAACAUGGAAUGUGGGACCAAUAAAUCUUCACAGGCUUCAUAAUUGCAAGGAUGAGGAGCAACUUUUAUUCUCGUACAUUCCUUUAGUGUCUUACCCGGCAGCAUCACUGUCAAUAAGGCCCUUCUUCUCAGAGGAGGCGGACAAUGCCAGAUGUUGGCUGGCUUUCCUAUCAGGAAAAUGCAGAGUUGCAGUUAAAUGCAGAACCUCACACCGAAAAGCCAUGUUUUAGCACAUUGGUGACUAUGCACUUGGGCCUGCAGCCUGUCUUGGAAAGGGGUUACUCUUGGUCAACACAAUGCACAGGGACUUGGAUAACUGACUCUCUUGAGUUGCCAAAUGCGCUGCAUUAGUCUGCUGGACUAGGUGCCAGACCACCGUUAACAUGAAUAUACAUCUCCUGCCUGCCAUACCCCCAUACAUCCAGAUCCUCUGCACACUCCUUUCUGAAAAUCAUGUUAGCAGCUGCUCUCUGACCACAAGUGUUCAAAGAACAAAAUAAACGGCUAGUGCACGUGAAGAGGGGCCAAUAUGCUGAAAGCAAAUCGACGUGACCAGAUGUUUGUUUCCAAGCACACGACUCUGCGGCUGGGCCUAUUUUUACUAUUGUGCCCAGACUCUUUCUUCAUUCUUUUUAAGCAGCUGGAAAAGAAAAUUGGUUGAAGCCUAACUGAUGUUUUAUGGUAUCCUCUUCUGCUGAGAAAAUGGCUGUUUAA